GGGACAGGGGAAACCACUCACAAAUCAACUUUCCAAGUACUGCUCUAAUUUUCCAAUUUUUAAAAGUUUUUGGGGACUGAUCGAUUCCAGAGAAGAGAAUAAAAAAAAUUUCCUUCCAGAAGACAAUAAAAAAAUAUUUUUCCUUCUUGUGACCCUCUCUCUCUUUCUCCCCACACAGAAAUGGCUUUUUUCCAGUUUGUGUCCUAUAGUUUCAGAUUGGGAUUUUUUGGGUUGGGCUUGGACUGCUUGGUCUUGAGUUCCUAAUCCAAACCAAAUUUACCAACAUUUAGUGUUCCAAAACCCAAACCUCCCCCUUCAAGCCAACCCAAAUUUCAAAAAUUGGUCCAAUUUCCCAAUCAGUCCAGAUUUAAUUUUUCAGACCAAAUUCAAAUUUCUAGGCCAUUUUCGAUUUUAUGGGUACAUUCAACUUUCCUAGGACUAUUGGAGGCAUAAAUUGGGCACAAGCCAAAAAAUAAUGACCCCCCAAUAUUAUUAUUAUAUUUCCCAACAUAUUUGGCUUUUAUUUUGUUUUUUUUCUCUCCCUGCAACACAAAAACAAAAAAAUUCACUUGGGACCUAAUUUAAAAAAAUUUCAUUCCUCAUUUUAAAAUGCAUUCUCUCUUUAUUUCUUCUGCUUAAAAAAUGUGUUGUGUUUUUAUUAUUAUUUACUUAUUUUGUUUUUAAAUAAAUUGACGCUUGGAAAAUUAUUUUUUUAGUUUUUGAACGUUUUGAGCGUUAAAAUAAUAUUUUUUUGUUAAGGUGACAUUUGGUCCCAAAUUGGGCCAAAUUUGAUUUUUCAACCCAAAUUCAAGUUUCUAGGCCAUUUUCGAUUUCCUGGGCACAUUUGAAUCUCCUAGGACGGUUUCAUUUUUUUCAGGCCAAAUUCAAUUUUUUAGGCAAAUUUCAAAUCUUCUAAAAUUUUUUAAUUCCUUGAAAAUGGUGAAUGACAACUCAAACAAAAACUUUGGCCGUUCUUGGACGUCUUGUCUACCCGAAGGAGUUGGGCAUAUUAAUGAUAUUUCGAAUGAAGCUGUUUGGACGUUAUCGAGUGCUAAAGAAGGAAUGGGAAUACAUCAAUUAUUGGAUGACAGAGAAGACACUUUUUGGCAAAGUGAUGGAUUACAGCCCCACACAAUCACAAUAGAAUUCCAGCGCCGUACACCUAUCGAUUUUUUGGUUGUUUAUUUGGAUUAUAAACUUGAUGAGUCAUACACGCCGUCAAAAAUACAAAUUCAAACAGGAUCUUCUGUUCUAGACUUGGAGGAUCCAAAAACCGUUACUUUUUCUGAACCAACAGGAUGGCAAUUAAUUGAUUUAAGAAAGGAAAAAACUUCCAAAAAACAACAAUCAUCACAACAAGCAUUUGCUAUAGUUAUUCAAAUUGUUCAAAAUCAUCAAAAUGGAAGGGAUACACAUAUACGUGGUCUUCGAGUUCUUGGCCCUGGAAGUGCUCACAAAAACAUGUUGAUUAGAGCUCUAGCAAGAAACGAAGCUUUGGCACAACAUUUUUCUGAUUUGUAUUUUAAAAAGACAAUUUUUUCAAAUGGCACAAUUAGAUGA